ACGAAGAAUGUUAAAACCCCAUUAACCUGUCUCGAUCUCAUUCCUUAGGGUCAGUCAGUUCACGGUCGAGAAUCCUCUUUCCUCCGCUAAAACCACUUGAGCUCUCCGGCCACGGAGGAAAGCUCCAACUCUUAGAAAAAUAGUCUACUUGAUAGCUGAGAAAGAAGAUAAUUUACAAGAGUGAUUGAAAAUCUGAAGGAAUCAGAUGGGAAGCAGCAACAAGAGCGGAGAACAAAGAAAGCAAAUGGCAGAACUGAGCAAAAAUCUUAAAGAGGGUGAGAGGAUUGUGGAGCCCACACGUAGACCUGAUGGUACUCUCCGGAAGCCCAUCCGGAUUCGAGCUGGAUAUGUUCCCCAAGAUGAAGUUGUCAAAUAUCAGUCCAAAGGUUCUCUGAUGAAGAAGGAGAUGGCUUCACAAGGGCCUCCAGGUUAUGACCCUGAUCCAGCUCCUAAACCAAUGACUAAAUCUGCUAAGAGGAACGAACGUAAGAAGGAGAAGAGAUUGCAGGCUAAUGCAGAAAAAGGUAACAACUCUGAGGAUGGAUCAGCUGGUAAUGUACACAAGGAAGAAGCUGUUUCUACUGAGACUCCAUAUAAUGGAUCCCAAUCUGUGAAUGUCUUGGCUUCUCAAAUGGAGGCUUUGGAUGUCUCUUCCAAUAAUGCUGUUCCUGGGGACGCUCCCAAUCCAGGAACUACAGGAGAAGAUAUAGAGAAAAGAAUACGUGCACUUAAGAAGAAAAUCCGACUCACGGAAGCUCAACAGCAGAAGACUGCUCCUCGAGACCUUAAGCCAGAGCAGUUAGAGAAGUUCUCUAAGUUGGAGGAAUGGAGGCAAGAGCUCAAGGCUCUGGAGGAUAAGGAGGCUUUACUUGCUGCAGCAUCAACAUGAAUGGUCCCACUUUUAGACAGGCUGUAGCUUUUCUCAUGAAAUUUUUCUGGAACCAAUCCAAAUUUGUAUCAAUGAAAACGAGGUUGUUGUUACUUCUUAGGUUUUGUCAGAUCUGAUUAAUGAACUUGGCGUGAUGCCUACCUAAAUCAUCAUGGGAAUUGAUGUCACUUUGUGUUUGUGUUUGGCCCUAAUUUAAAGCAAAUGCUUCCAAAUA